UAACUAACCAUGGUAACAGUAGGACUUUCUCGUUAACUCCUCUCGGUUAGACUAAUAUGUUGAGUUGACGACUCCACUCAUUAACGUAUCAUUCAUGUAAAUGGUCCGUUGUUACAGACAAUGAAUGAUAUUGUGCCACAUAAUGAUGUCUUCCUACAAAUAUGCUAAGUUAUCUCUCCAAUGGAUACGAAAAAAGCCAAAAGAACCUUCGUUGUCUUUUCUCUUUGUCAAACUAUAUUGGCACAGAGAGUGAUGUUCUCCAAGGAAAUGGAUUCCAAUCAUGGAGCAGCCUCAUUUCAGGCCUUGCCCAAGACGAUGGCUAUUCUCUGGUCCACCUGAUCCGAGCUUGCACGAAAUUUGGUUGGCGUUCCCACGGCCAGCAGCUUCAUUGCCACGCUGUUCGAUCCGGGCUUGUUUCCGAUGUUCUUAUCUCCACUUACUUGAUUAAUUUCUAUUUGAAAUCGGGUUCGUUGAAUGAUGCUGACAAAGUGUUUGCUGAAAUUCCUCAACCAAGUGUAGUUUCUUGGAACUCGUUGAUGUCUGGGUAUGUUCAUUCUGGGCGGUUUCUGAAGGUACUGAGAUUGUUUCUUCAGCUGGAAAGGUCUGACAUUCGUGCUGAUGCGUUCUCAUUUACGGCUGCUUUAGGGGCUUGCGGUCGAAUGUGCAUGUUGGAGUUGGGGAAAUUAAUUCACUCCAAGGUUGUGAAAGUUGGAGUGUAUGAAUAUAAUGUUGUUGUAGCAAAUUGUUUAAUUGAUAUGUAUGGCAAAUGCGGAUCAGAUGAAGAGGCCAUAUGGGUGUUCAACGAGAUUUCUGAUAAGGAUACUAUUUCUUGGAAUUCAGUUAUCGCAGCAAGCGCCAGGAACCGAAAACUUGAACAAGCAGUUAACUUUUUGCAUCAGAUGCCAAAUCCUGAUACAAUCUCAUACAAUGAAUUGAUUAGUGGCAUUGCCCAGUUUGGGAACAUUGAUGAUGCCGUUCAGAUUGUAUUAAAUAUGCCAAACGCAAAUUCAUCUUCAUGGAAUUCCAUCAUAACAGGAUAUGUCAACAGGGAUCAAGCACGAAAAGCUUUGGAAUUUUUCGGUGUUAUGCACUCAAAUGGCAUACAGAGGGAUCAAUUCACAUUUUCAAGCAUAUUAAGUGGGGUCGGAAGUCUGUCAGCUCUUACAUGGGGGAUUCUGGUUCAUUGUUGUACCAGCAAGUGUGGUUUGGAUAAGUCUGUUGUUGUUGGAAGUGCUUUGAUUGAUAUGUACUCCAAAUGUGGACAGGUACAGAAUGCGGAACUAAUCUUUAAGUCCUUACCAGAAAAGAAUUUGGUAACAUGGAAUGCAAUGAUAUCCGGGUUUGCCCACAGUGGCAAUUCAAACAAGGUGAUUGAGCUUUAUGAGCAGUUAAAAAUGGUGAAAGAUUUGAAACCAGACGCGAUCACCUUUCUUAACGUCUUAUCAGCAUGUUGGCAUAAGCAAACACCAUUAGAGGUUGCGAAUCAGUACUUUGAAUCGAUGAUCAAGAAUUAUGGGGUGGAGGCGAUGCCCGAGCACUGUGCUUCGAUGAUUAGGCUGAUGGGAAAAUGGGGGGAUGUGCAGGGUGCCAAGAAGCUGAUAGGCGAAUUGGGGUUUGGAUCAUGUGGCUUGGUUUGGAGGGCUUUGCUGGGGGCCUGUGGAACUUGUGGGGAUCUAAAAGUUGCAGAGUUGGCAGCUGCCAAGGUGAUUGAGUUGGAGGGGGAUAAAGAGUUUGUCUAUAUCAUGAUGUCCAACAUUUACGCGGCUUAUGGGAAAUGGGGUGAUGUUAGUAUGGUUCGAGAGCUGAUGAGGCAGAGAGGUGUGAGGAAAGAAGUUGGCUGUAGCUGGAUUGAGCUGGACAAUAAGGUGUCAUGUUGUGUAAAGGAGGUGAUCAUCGGCUAACUUGUUGGGUUAGCUGGUAGGCAUUGUCGAGCUAUAGCAAAUUGAGCAAUAGCAUUUAUUCACUGGACAAAUGCCAGGUGAUGUAAUUAAUUUUGGAUAUGUGAGACUCUAGCCAAAGGCUAGCAAUCGAUGCAAACCAAGUUUAAAUUUGUAAUUGAUUUAUGGGUUUGAGACCUAAUGAAAUAUUUUGUUA